GCGGUAGGAGCCGGGCAAGCGAAGUCGGAAGGGCGGAAGAGAUGGACGAGACGGACCGAUUCUAUUUCCUCAACCCGGAGCCGGACGAGCAGCCGAAGAUCCCUUACUGGGCGCUGGACGAGAGGAGGCUGGCCGGACCGCGGAGGGGGACGGCUCCUGGCCCGGGCUCUAGGGAUCCCAUGGCCGAGGUUCAGCGCGACGCUGGAGAAGGAUUGGGUCGCGACGAGGGCGGCUCUGAGGACUCGACGACUCCUCCGGCCGUGAGGAUGAACCCCCCACGUCGUUAUGCUGUGGUGCCGUCCGGGUCAUCCCCUCUGGAGGAGGAGGAGGAGGAAGAGGCCACAAGGAAACAAGUCAAAGGAGAGACUGAGGGCCCCGGCGUGGACAGCCCCGGCCAUCCCGUCAGAUCUCGGAAGCUAAGCUGGCCCGGCCCUGGCACGGUAUUGGAUGGGGAGACCCCCAAAGGAGAGGGCCUUGUUGCAGAGGAUCUGCUGCCAGCGGUGUGGUGUCCAGGCGCCACCAGGGAAUACAAGUACGGCGACCCCCCAGGCCUUUAUCUGGUCGGCGGCAUCUCGACGUUGAUGGUUUCCCGCUGGGUCCGGCCGGCCCCCAGAUGGUUCGGCAGCUACCGAGAUCAGCUCACGUUAGAAAACCCAAAACAGAACGCUGGAGAAGAAUCGGAUCAUGGUGGCGACUCUGCGGACUCGGCCACUCCUUCGGCCGUGAGGAUGAAAUCCCCACGUCCUGACCCUGUGGCGUCCUCUGGGUCAUUCUCUCAGGAAGAGGAAGGGCAGCUGCCUGAACCAGCAAGGAAACGACUCAAAGGAGAGACUGAAAAGCCCUGACCUUGGAUAUAGCCGAUAUGUUUGUGUGUGUGUAUACACACACACACAUACAUACAGGGGUCAUUUCGUA